CACCAAUAUACAAACACACAUACGCACAUAUAAAGAACAGUCCGCAGGAACGAGCACGCGUUCAAGCACUUGUUGCACUUGCACUCGAAUACCUACUAUAUAGUAUAUAUUCUAUUCUAAAUAAACAAAUUCAAAGUUUGAAAGUACAGCUGUUGUAUAGUAUUUGUAUUUGACCCGCACUAGUCAAAGUCAACCAAAGCGUAACGUCAACGGCCGGCACUUCAAGCACUUAAAUAAGUUCCUUGUCUUUGCACCAAAAUGUCUGCGAAAGCAAUUACCGAAGCCUCCGGCAAGGACAUUUUGAACCGUCAUCUGAACCAAAAUGGCGCAGGCGCAGCCACCUGCCGUUUUGCCACAGUUAACGCCAACACGGACUGGUCCAAAUUGAGUGUCGAUCACCCCUGGUUGCUGUCUACGCCCCUUGUGGUCAAGCCUGAUCAAUUGAUUAAGCGGCGCGGCAAAUUGGGUCUAAUUGGUGUUAAGAAGAGCUUCGAGCAGGUGAAACAAUGGAUCGGCGAACGCAUGAACAAGGAUCAAAAAAUUGGCAAUGCGGUUGGCAAACUGCGAAACUUUAUUAUCGAACCCUUUGUGCCGCAUAGCGACGCCGAGGAAAUGUACGUUUGCAUCUAUUCGCAUCGCACAGCGGACACGAUUCUUUUCCAUCAUCAGGGAGGUGUGGAUAUUGGCGAUGUGGAUGCCAAGGCGGUGAAAUUGGAUGUGCCUGUGGAUAACACGUUAACGUUGAGCGACAUAAAAACCGUUCUCUUGCAAAAGCUAACGAAUGCAUCGCAAAAGGAACGCGUUGCCAAUUUUAUACUGGCCCUGUACAAGACCUUUGCUGAUUUGUACUUUACGUACUUGGAGAUCAAUCCGUUGGUGGUGACGGCCGAUAAUUUGUACAUAUUAGAUUUGGCAGCCAAGCUGGACUCGACUGCUGACUUCAUAUGCCGUCCAAAAUGGGGUGAAAUCGAUUACCCGCCACCAUUCGGACGUGAUGCCUAUCCCGAGGAGGCGUAUAUCGCUGAUCUGGACGCCAAGAGUGGUGCCUCUCUCAAGCUGACCAUUUUAAAUAGGAACGGACGCAUUUGGACCAUGGUCGCUGGCGGCGGUGCAAGUGUUAUUUACUCAGACACUAUUUGUGAUUUGGGCGCAGCUUCGGAGCUGGCAAACUAUGGCGAGUACAGCGGUGCUCCGUCCGAACAGCAGACGUACGAGUACGCCAAAACAAUUCUAAACCUAAUGACCUCGUCGCCAAAGCAUCCCGAUGGAAAGGUGCUGAUUACGGGCGGCGGUAUUGCGAACUUCACAAACGUUGCCGCGACCUUCCAAGGCAUCAUCACGGCACUGCGUGAGUUCCAACCCAAACUAGUCGAGCACAAUGUGUCAAUAUUUGUGCGCCGUGCUGGCCCCAAUUACCAGGAAGGCUUACGUCGCAUGCGUGAGUUCGGCAGCACUCUGGGUAUACCGCUGCAUGUCUUUGGACCCGAGACACACAUGACCGCCAUAUGUGGCAUGGCACUGGGCAAGCGACCCAUUCCUCAGGUCGCUAGUGUUGAAUUCUCAACGGCAAACUUUUUGUUGCCUGGCGGCCAACAGGCACAGGCCGAUCUAAAGGCAGCCGCCGAAGCCAGCGAUGAGCUUGGCGCCGGUUUGCGCUCGACAGCACAAUCGAUUAAACUACCACCUAUCUCGGCAGAUGUGAGCGACGGAGUCGCCAACAAUCAUGACCAUAGUAAUGGAGCAAACUUAAAUAGAAAGUUUUUCUCCAACACAACUAAGUCGAUUGUAUGGGGCAUGCAACAGCGUGCGGUGCAGUCGAUGCUCGACUUUGACUUCAUUUGCAGGCGCGACGAACCCUCAGUGGUUGCAAUGGUCUAUCCAUUUACGGGUGAUCACAAGCAGAAGUACUAUUGGGGCCACAAGGAAAUACUCAUACCCGUCUAUAAGAAGAUGUCCGAUGCGAUACACAAGCACAAGGAGGUCGAUGUCAUGGUCAACUUUGCAUCUCUGCGUUCUGCCUACGACUCGACGCUUGAGGUGCUAGAUUUUCCCCAAAUUCGCACAGUUGCCAUUAUCGCCGAGGGAAUCCCGGAGAAUAUGACCCGCAAGCUGAUCAUUGAGGCCAACAAGAAGGGCGUUGCCAUAAUUGGACCUGCAACGGUGGGUGGUGUCAAGCCAGGUUGCUUCAAGAUUGGCAAUACCGGCGGCAUGCUGGACAACAUUCUACACUCAAAACUGUACCGGCCUGGCAGCGUGGCCUAUGUCUCCCGGUCCGGUGGCAUGUCCAAUGAGCUGAACAACAUCAUUUCGAAGGCAACGGACGGUGUUGUCGAAGGCAUUGCCAUUGGCGGUGACAGAUAUCCGGGCUCAACAUUUAUGGAUCACAUACUGCGCUAUCAGGCCGACCCUGAGGCCAAGCUGCUCGUGUUGUUGGGCGAAGUGGGUGGCACUGAGGAGUACGAUGUGUGCACCGCCCUCAAGGAUGGUCGCAUCACCAAACCACUAGUCGCCUGGUGCAUUGGAACCUGCGCCAGCAUGUUCACCUCAGAGGUACAGUUCGGCCAUGCCGGAUCAUGUGCCAACUCCGAUCAGGAAACAGCAACGGCCAAAAACAAGGCAUUGCGCAGUGCCGGCGCCUACGUUCCGGACUCUUUCGACACGCUCGGCGAGCUCAUACACCAAGUUUACAGCGAGCUGGUGAAGACCGGUCGCAUCGUGCCCAGGGAGGAGGUGCCGCCACCAACAGUGCCCAUGGACUACUCGUGGGCGCGCGAAUUGGGCCUGAUCCGCAAGCCCGCCUCGUUUAUGACAUCCAUUUGUGAUGAGCGCGGUCAGGAGCUGAUCUAUGCAGGCAUGCCCAUUAGCGAGGUGUUGAACAAGGAUGUUGGCAUCGGCGGCGUCAUCUCGCUGCUCUGGUUCCAGCGUUGUCUGCCGCCAUAUGUGUGUAAAUUCUUCGAGAUGUGUCUCAUGGUUACGGCUGAUCAUGGACCCGCCGUGUCUGGUGCCCACAAUACAAUUGUUUGUGCACGUGCUGGCAAGGAUUUGGUGUCCUCCGUUGUAAGCGGCCUACUCACCAUUGGUGAUCGCUUUGGUGGCGCUUUGGAUGGUUCGGCUAAACAAUUCUCGGAGGCCUACGACACUAACUUGCAUCCAAUGGAGUUUGUCAACAAAAUGCGCAAGGAAGGUAAACUCAUAAUGGGUAUUGGACAUCGCGUCAAGUCCAUUAACAAUCCGGAUGUGCGAGUCAAAAUCAUCAAGGAGUUCGUUAUGGAGAACUUCCCACAAUGCCCGUUGCUCAAGUACGCACUGGAGGUGGAGAAGAUCACCACCAGCAAGAAGCCAAAUUUGAUAUUGAAUGUGGAUGGCGUUAUUGCGACGGCCUUUGUUGAUAUGCUCCGCAAUUGUGGCUCUUUCACAAGUGAGGAGGCUCAGGAAUACAUCAAUGUGGGCGCCAUUAACUCGCUGUUUGUGUUGGGACGCAGCAUAGGCUUUAUUGGUCACUUUAUGGAUCAGAAGCGACUCAAGCAGGGUCUCUAUCGCCAUCCAUGGGACGACAUCUCCUAUGUUAUCCCAGAACAAUAUAAUUAAGAGAAGAGCAAAGCUUGCCCAAUGAUGUUAAAUUGUUGAUGUUUGAUGUUUUUGUAGUUAAGCACAGAAAUGUUAAGAGCUAUGCGUGGCGAGCAUGGCCACAACUUCCACACAGAUAGCUAAACGCAUGAUCACACACUCCAUUAGUUCUCUAGUUGGGCUCAAGGCCGCGAUGAAGCGGCGUGGUAUUUCUAUCCUUUCGUUUAUAUAAUUUUUUAUAUACAUACAUAACUACCCUACUUAUUACAGUGUCUCUCAGCUAAGCAUUUACGAAAAGUUAUUAAGUUAUCACCAAUUGUUGAUUUUGUAAAAAGAAGUUUCGAAUCUCUAUUUAUAAAAUUCUAAAGCGAGUCGACUAUAAGUAUUGCAAAAUACUUAAAUGUUGAGCUUCAAAAAAAAAAAAAAAAAAAAAGAAAGUCCAUAUAAAACACAUUUGAUAUUUUUAUAAUUUAGUUUGAAUGCACAUUUGUUUAGUCAACAAAGAAUAAAUUGUUGCAAAAAUUGUA